AUGAAGACGAAGCCGAUAGGCAGAGAAGACACCAAGUGGAUCGUUGAUACUGGCGCUUCUCGCCACAUUUGUGGAGAUGCCGCAUAUCUCAUUGAUUUCAAACCAUAUCAACCCCACGAGACCCCAUAUUCCUGGCGAACAGCAGGAGGGAACAACGCGGUUGCCAUAGGGACCGGAACUGCUCGUAUUGGCCUACUUCAGAACGAUGGAUCAGUCAAUUACAUCACCUUCCCCUGCGUCUACAAUCCAGAAUGCGAAUAUAGCCUAUGGGCUACUGGCAAGACGAAUCGGGAGGACCGCAUUGGCUACAACGACAUAGAUUUGACUCUGCAUGACCUAUCGGACAACCGAAAGGUUAUUGGCUAUGCGAAGCGAAUUGACGAUAUUCCCUUUCUUUACCUCACGGGCGCUACGCAUGCAUAUUCGGCAAUCAGCAUAGCUGCAGCAGCAAUUUCAGCUGAAUUGGCGCAUCGCCGACUUGCUCAUGCUGGCAUCCCAAAGAGGAGAACCAAUCAGAACGAUUUGACCAAUAUCAACGACGUCGUCGCUGGCGAAGAGAUAUUCGACUGCGAGGCCUGCAGAUUAGCGAAAUCGAAGAAGAUCAUUUCUCAUGAUAUUCGCCAGCGAGCAGAGAAAGAAGGCACUCGAUUUGGUGCAUGUGGCCGUCCAAUUCGUCAAGCCUAUCUCUUUCUCAGGUCAUCAAUACGCUUUGGUUAUCACCGACGAUUACUCUCGCUGUCGAUUCGCUAUCUUCUUGAUGACGUAGGACAAAGCCUCGCCAGCAUUGAUCGACUGGGCGAAGGCGAUCCAUGCCAAAUCAGGCAAGUGGGUGAAGACCUGGCAAACUGA